AUGACCGGCUGUGGCUGCUCUGGGGGCUGUGGCUCCAGCUGUGGGGGCUGUGGCUCCAGCUGCUGUGUGCCCGUCUGCUGCUGUAAGCCCGUGUGCUGCUGUGUGCCAGCCUGUUCCUGCUCCAGCUGCAGUAAAGGAGGCUGUGGCUCCAGCUGUGGGGGCUGCAAGGGGGCCUGUGGCUCCAGCUGUGGGGGCUGCAAGGGGGCCUGUGGCUCCAGCUGCGGGGGCUGCAAGGGGGGCUGUGGCUCCAGCUGCUGUGUGCCCGUCUGCUGCUGUAAGCCCGUGUGCUGCUGUGUGCCAGCCUGUUCCUGCUCCAGUUGCAGUAAAGGGGGCUGUGGCUCCAGCUGUGGGGGCUGCAAGGGGGGCUGUGGCUCCAGCUGUGAUGGCUGCAAAGGAGGCUGUGGCUCUAACUGCUGUGUGCCCGUCUGCUGCUGCAAACCCUGCUGCUGCCAGUCCAGCUGCUGCCAACCCUGCUGCUGCCAGUCCAGCUGUUGCAAACCCUGCUGCUGCCAGUCCAGCUGCUGCAAACCCUGCUGCUGCCAGUCCAGCUGCUGCCAACCCUGCUGCUGCCAGUCCAGCUGUUGCAAACCCUGCUGCUGCCAGUCCAGCUGUUGCAAACCCUGCUGUGCCCCCGUCUGCUGCCAGUGCAAGAUCUGA